AUGUUCGGCUCUCGCAUACUCAGUAAUUCCGUUCGACAAAUCUCCUCAAACACAUCUUCCGCCUCAGCCUCAGCCUCAUCCUCAACAUCAUCGGCAACGGCAACGCAUCAUCUCAUAACACUCAUACGAUCACCUAUAGGUCUACCAUCAUCCUCAAGAUUGACGCUGGAAGCACUGGGCUUGUUUAGAUUACGUCAAGCUGUCUUGCAUCCUUAUGGAGAAACAACCGCUGGUAGGAUAUUGAGAGUGAAAGAAUUAGUACAUGUCUCGAACGUAACGGAAGCAGAAGGAAAGAAGUUGGCUGCUAGAUCACGAUCACAAGGUAGUGGUAUAGAGUAUAGUGGAAGAGUGUAUGGUGGUGGGAAGGGAAUAUAUCAAGCACAAAUAUAG